AGGUGGAGUUUUAUUUUGACUAGUUCAUCUCCUCAAGUUUUUUCUGGAUGUUUUUAAAUAUAGAAUACAGAAUACCUUCAAUUUACCAUUCCCUGAUAUUAAGCUUGUAUUAAGCAUGUAUCCCGAUAAUUUAUGUAAACUCAGUAUAGUCUAAUAGUGUGGAUUCAAGCAGGAUUAUCAAAAUGAUCAUAAUGUUUGUCAGGAAGGGACUUUAAGCGCGUCUCUACAAAUUCCGUAAUAAAUUUGUUAAAAUAAUGGAAUACGAGUACAAUUCUUUCAGAAACGACAAGGACAAUCAUAAUCGAUGUUGCGGAGGAAUGUUAUGGUGUAUAGCCGAUGUUUGCGGCUUAAUAUGUGCACUUUUAACAUGGUUACUUAUAUCCUACGCUGAAUUUGUAGUUAUGUCUGUUAUUUUAAUUCCUAGUGGUAAUACAAUAUAUAGCGUCAUAAAUACCAUUAUAUUCCAAGCUUGUGCUUUUUUGGCUUUUGCAUCACAUCUUAAGACUAUGUUUACAGACCCGGGUGCGGUUCCUAAGGGUAAUGCCACGAAGGAAAUGAUCAAACAAAUGGGGUUCCGGGAGGGACAAGUGAUAUUUAAAUGUCCAAAGUGUUGUAGUAUUAAACCAGAUCGAGCACAUCAUUGUUCAGUAUGCCAUAGGUGUAUUAGAAAAAUGGACCAUCACUGUCCUUGGGUUAAUAACUGUGUAGGAGAAAAUAAUCAAAAAUAUUUUGUACUGUUUACAUUCUACAUAUGUAUUAUAUCUCUUCAUUCACUAUUCUUAGCGAUUAAUCAGUUUUUAAUGUGCAUCCGACACGAAUGGAAAGAAUGUACUAGUCAUUCCCCACCAGUAACCAUUGUAUUGUUACUUUUCUUGAUGUUUGAGGCACUGCUAUUUGCUAUUUUUACUGCAGUUAUGUUAGGUACUCAAGUUCAAGCGAUAUGGACUGAUGAAACUGGUAUUGAACAGUUAAAAAAAGAAGAAGCCACAUGGGUGAAGAAAUCAAGAUGGAAAAGUAUGCAGGCCGUGUUUGGAAGGUUUUCACUUUUGUGGUUCUCUCCAUUUGCGAGGCCCAGAAAAUACAAAAGCGAAGUCGAUUUUUAUUCAGUUUAAAGUAAAUCUUUUUUUUUUGUUGUGUUUUGAUAAGCCUUAGGAGAUUCAAUCAAAAUAUUGAGGGUAGUUAUCAAAUAACAUUCUUUUUGUAUUUUGUUUUCAGUAUUACUGUUUCUUUACUAGAUUGGCUAGCUGUAAGUGGAGGUACUUAAGAUUAAAUUUGUGUUUGACACAAAAAGAUAAAGCUCAAUAUUUUGAUUGGUUAUUGAUGAACAAGAUAUUUUAGUAAUUUAUUUAAUUUUGUUACAUGCAAUUAGGAGUUAAAUAUAAGGUAUAUGCCUGUAUAAGUCACCAUGCAAUACUUUUUUGGUUUGGAUGUGAUAAUUUAGAAAAAAUCUAGCUUUUGUGAUCAAACAGAUUUUCGUACCUAAGUUUUUAUGUUUUUACAAAAUUUUAAGCAUAUCAAAGUGAAAAUAAACUAUUCAGAAUUUA